AUGUCCAGGCCAGUUUCAUUGGAGCCCCUUCACGGACACACUGGGCCUCAUCAGCAGAUUACAAUUGCUCCUAAUUUACAGCCGAAGAAACAUGAGAAACCCACUGGGAUCACGAUUCGAACGUCUAGGCACUGGGUUCUUCCACCGAGGCCUAAACCGGGUAGAAAACCCAGUCCUUCUUUAUCGAUAAAGCAGCAACUGGCAAAUGUCAAGGGUAUGGCUGUAGAGUCCACUACGCCUGCUUCUGCUUCAAGUACUAAUGCCAAGAUUAAACAAGAACCUGUGGAAUCAGUGAAAGAAGUUGAGAAUUUGAGACCGGGAUCGAAAAAACACUUGGCUGCCACUGUUAUUGAUUCUGGUAAAAGUUGCUCUUCUUCUGAUCAAGGUACAGUAGCGUCAUCUACAACGACUGCAGUCCGUACAGGAGUGCCAACCGCAAGCUCCUCAUCAUCAUCAUCAUCAUCAACUAUCCCGUUGACUAACUGUAAAUCUACAAACGCCAAGUCAAAAGCAAUACAAGUUGAACAGACAACAUCGAUCACUCAUACCCAGCCUAAGCCCAUCCGUGCCAAAAUUGCACCAGCUGCUUGCAAGAAACAAGUCAUGCCAAUUCCGACCUUAAAGCCAUCAGCUAAAAUGGAAAGCGCAAAAGUUAAGCCACAGGUGAAAAUGGAACAGCUGGAUGUUACUUUAGAUCAUAUUCAAUCUGCACAACCCGUGGAGCCAAAGAAAAAACCAGGUUCCAAAACUGCUUUGAAGAAAGAGAUCAAGAUCCUUAAGAUGGAAAACAAUAAGCUUAAGAAGGAGCUUACCGAUCUAGUGGGUAACUUACAGGAAUUGAAACGUCAGUUCCCUAUCGUACCAGAAGAAUCAAAUUCUAAAUCUCCACAUACCAUAGUACCAAGUGUCAACAGCAGUGUUCCAAUGCAACAGAAGAUUCUUCCAAAACCAAUGACAAAUAAAUCGUACCAUGAGCCAGUACAUGUGAAGCAAGAACAUACUGAGAGAUUGCCUCGUAAAAGAUCUAUCAUUGACAAUGAUGCUGAUAUGUUACAAAUCGAAGUGAAACCAGAACCUGCAGACGAUACUGAAAUCUUUUUGAAAUUCGAUGAAGAUGAUGAACCAAAUAGAGACUUCAUCAAAAAUCUUUCCUCUUCAAGGAUGGUUCAGACCUCUUCUUUGAGUUCUCGUGCAAGUUUGACAGAUGAAGACGAUCUGUUACUAUCAUCAUCUACCCCAAGUUCUUUAUUCUCUACCGACUUAAAUCGUACCGUGAGCAAUCAACUUCUUUCCAAUUCAUCUACCUUGACGAAUACAGGAUCAAGUCCAAGUAGUAGCCACACAUCAAAUAAGAGCUUACCAAAUUCUCAGUUCUCUGAUACUAUUGAAGCUAUGAAAUUCUUGGAUGGUUAUGAGCAAAUGGAGUUCUAUUCCAAAUACAAACUUUCGACUUCACAUUCUCAAGAACCUUUGAAAUCUAUACAAAAGCUUAAGGUAGAUCACCACUCUACCCAUCAGGAUGAAUUGGAUUGCAUUAAAGAAGAAGACCCAAUGACAGAUACGUUAGCGAAUUCAAAGGCUUAUAACGCGGAGCAAGAUGCUAGUAUGCUUUACUUCUUACAAAAACAUGCUCUGACUAAGAACCCUGGUUCGAAACUUGGCGAUUUGCCAAUCGAUCUCGAUGAUUCGUUGCCCUCGUCAUUGCUGUUGAAACUCAGCGAAGAUGACGAAAAUUCUUUUAUGAACUUAAAUUUGAAUAGCAUAGAUCCAGACGAUCCUUUAAGUGAACAUGUUAAUGAUACACCGUUUGUAGCACCAACACUAGAAGAAUUAAUGGAAGAACAAGACGACAAGGAUUCAAAGUUGUUAGGUCCUGAAAACACUGAACAAGAUAUGGACCUUCUCAAGAUGGGUAUCUUUUUCUCGGACUAA